AUGAAGGCCGCUGCAGCAUUCGCUCUACUGGCAGCCGGCGCCCAAGCCGCUCCGCACUACACCUUCCCGAAGCUCGCGGGCACGUCGGACUGGUCGUCGGUGCGCCAGACGGCCAACUUCCAGAGCAACGGGCCCGUGACCGACGUCACCUCGGAGGCGAUCCGGUGCUACCAGCGCGCGCCCGGCGGCGCCCCCGACAUCACCCCGGUCCAGGCCGGCGGCCAGAUCACCUGGGUGGCCGCGCCCAGCAUUUACCAUCCCGGAGGGUACCGAUGCUGUCUCGUCUGCGGCGGCUCAGCCCUCUCCGCGUACAUGGCCAAGGUGCCCGCCGGACAGACGGCUGCCGACUUCGACGGCAGCGGCCAGGUGUGGUUCAAGGUGUACCAGGACCUGCCCACGCUCUCGGGCGGCCAGUACAGCUGGCCUUCGAACGGCUUGGGGCAGAUCAGCUUCGCGAUCCCGCAGUGCCUGGCGGCGGGGGACUACCUGUUCCGGAUCGAGCACGUGGCGCUGCACAGCGCGAGCGCGGCCGGCGGCGCGCAGUUCUACAUCUCGUGCGCGCAGGUGCGCGUGGCCGGCGGGUCGGCCGGCGGCAGCGCCAAGACCCCGACCGACCUCGUCGCCUUCCCCGGCGCCUACAAGGCCACCGACCCCGGCCUCCUGAUCAACAUCUACAACAACGGCGGCAAGCAGUACCAGCCGGCCGGCCCGUCCGUCUUCCAGUGCUAG